UCUCUUCUCUUAAUCCUUCGUUCUUGUUUCUCCUCCUUUACAACAAAACAAAACCAAAAAAAAAAAAAAAAUGGAGCGAUUGAUUUGGUUGUUCCAAUUCCUUUUGUAUUUCAUGCAAUAUCAUCAGGUUUCUUGUUCAUCAUCUAUCUCUUCUUUUUCUACUUGUACACAUCAUUUGUGUCCACCUGACCAGAGGUUUGCAUUGUUGCAAUUCAAGCAUAUGUUUACUAUAAACAGCUCUGCAUCUGAUUCUUCUUUCUGCGGUGAUUUGGCUUCUCCAAAGAUGUUAUCUUGGAACGAGAGUUGUACUGAUUGUUGUUCGUGGGAAGGAGUCACGUGUGAUGGUCUGACGGGUCACGUAAUUGGGCUUGACCUCAGUUGUAGCCAGCUCUAUGGUAGUAUCCAUCCUAACAGUAGCCUCUUCCAACUCUCUCACCUCCAGCGCCUCAAUCUCGCCUUCAAUCACUUCAAUUACUCCCACAUUCCAUCAGCAUUUGGUCACUUUGCCAGUUUGACACAUCUCAACCUAUCUCGUUCCAGUUUUUCAGGCUCAAUCCCAUCAGAAAUUCACCACCUGUCCAAACUAGUUUCACUCGAUCUCUCCUAUGGUCAUCAACCAAGACUUGAACCACACAAUUUCAGAAUGAUGCUCAAAAACCUAACCCAAUUGCAAAAACUUGCCCUUUCUUAUGUAAACAUAUCUUCAGUUGUACCGAUGUCUUUGACCAAUAUGUCUUCUUUGACAUAUCUCGAUCUUAUUUCCACCGGGUUGUAUGGGAAAUUACCGGAUAGCAUUUUUCACUUUCCAAACUUGCAAGUUCUCUUUUUAGGAGACAACCAUGAUCUCACUGGUAAUUUACCCAAAGUAAACUGGAGUAGUAGUAGUUCCCUCCAGCAGUUGUAUCUUGGGUUUUCGAGUUUUUCUGGAGAAUUACCUGAUUCAAUUGGCAAUCUCAAGUCAUUGAAUUUCUUGCAUCUUGCCAAUUCCAAAUUCUCCGGGUCCAUUCCUGAUUCAUUUGGGAACCUUACACAGAUCACUGCUAUAUACUUAGGGGGAAAUAGUUUCAACGGUCAGAUCCCAUUUACUCUCUCAAAUCUUAAUCAACUCAUUCACUUGGAUCUCCGUGGUUGCAAAUUCUCCGGGUCCAUUCCUGAAUCACUCGGGAACCUUACACAGAUCAAUUAUAUAUCCUUCUGGGGAAAUAGUUUCAACGGUCAGAUCCCAUUUGCUCUCUCAAAUCUUAAUCAGCUCAUUUCCUUGGAUCUUUCUAGGAAUAAUCUUCAUGGAAAAAUUCCUAAUUUUAUCGGCAAGCUGAUGAAGCUGGAGUUUUUAGGACUUGGAGAUAACAAUUUUAAUGGUCCAUUUCCAUGUGGGGUAGCCAACCUGACAAAACUUGUUGCUUUAGUUUUAUCGAGUAGUGAACUAAUGGGUCCCAUUCCCUCCAACAUUAGUGGGCUACACAACCUACAAACGCUUUUCUUGCACAAUAACUCACUGAAUGGGACACUGCCAUCUUCGUUGUUGAAUCUUCCAUCAUUGACAGACUUAUACCUGGGUAGUAAUCGACUAACUGGCCAAAUUCCUGAGUUCCAGCAUAAAUCAAAAUUGAUGCACAUUGACUUGAAUCAUAAUGAACUACGUGGCCCCAUUCCACAAUCAAUUUCAAAUCUUGUGAAUUUGACCCAACUUGAUCUUUCAUCAAAUAAUCUUAGUGGUGUUGUACAGCUACAAGCAUUCUCAAAUCUAAAAGAUCUUCAUUAUCUUGAUCUUGGUUUCAACUUGAUUCAAGGACCACUCCCAGUUCCGCCACCCUUUGUAUCUUACUUUCACUUCUCACAAAAUAAACUCACCGGACAGAUUCCUUCUUCAAUUUGCAAUGUGAGUUCCCUUUACAUCCUUGGUUUGUCUCACAACCACUUAAGUGGUGCAAUUCCACAAUGUUUGGGAAACUUCAGCAAUGUUCUCUCUAUAUUAGAUCUGCGGUUCAAUGCCUUUCAGGGGAACAUCCCCAUGAUAUUUGAAAAGGGUAAUCAGUUGCAAAGUCUUAAUUUGAAUGGAAAUCAAUUUGAAGGACCAGUUCCACAAUCCUUAGCUAACUGUAGACAAUUACAAGUUCUAGACCUUGGAAACAACAAGAUAAAUGACACUUUUCCGUACUGGUUGGGGACUCUUCCAAAUUUACAAGUUCUUAUCUUGCGAUCCAACAAAUUUCACGGUCCAAUAGACACUUCCAAGCCAAAACUCUAUUUCCCUAAACUCCGAAUUGUUGACCUCUCCCACAAUAAGUUCACUGGUCAUUUGCCAGGGAGAUAUUUCAAUUUUUUCAAAAAUAUGAGGAAUAAAACUAUGCCAAGUGAAAAAUAUUUGACUGUUCAAUCGUAUUAUAAUGUUCAAUCAUAUUAUAAGGAUUCUGUUACGGUGACGAUGACGAUGAAGGGGUUUGAUAUGUAUUUCACGAGAAUUUUGACUAUUUUCACAGCAAUUGAUUUAUCAUCUAACAAAUUCAGUGGAGAUAUUCCAAAUGUGAUCGGAAGGCUUAAUUCUCUCAUAGUGCUUAAUUUAUCUCAUAAUAGCCUUACGGGCCUUAUUCCAUCAUCUUUAGGAGACUUGACAGAGCUGGAAUCACUAGAUUUGUCUUCAAACCAGCUUAUUGGGAAAAUUCCUAGCCAUUUACUGAGUUUGACAUUUCUGGAGGUCUUUAACGUUUCAUGGAACCAUCUCAAUGGACUCAUACCUCAAGGCAAACAAUUUGAUACAUUUGGAAAUGAUUCAUAUGUUGGGAACUCAGGAUUAUAUGGGUUUCCAUUGUCAAAAGAACGUAAAGAUAAUCAGUCACAAGUUCAGCCAGGGGUGCUAUUACAACAGGAAGAUGACUCAAAUUUUGUAAGUGGAUUGACUUGGGAAGCCGUGGUGAUGGGGUAUGGCUGUGGACUGGCAUUGGGAUUGGUUAUUGGAUUUCUCAUGUUCUUAACUGGAAAACCAAAAUUGUUUGUAAGAAUUGUUGAAAGGAAAAAGCAUAAAAUGCUGAAAAUGUUGAGACAAGGUGGCAGAAGAAAUUAGCAAACAUGGAUUAUGCUUUCAGGUUAAGAGAGAAGACCAUUAUUGCUACUGUAACUUAUGAUAAUGUUGGAAUAAUGAAGUGGGGGUUAAGGUAGACAUUGACAAAGUUUGGGCUAAUAUUUGAUAAUAUUGUUGUAUAAGUAGAUUGAGUGGCUGUGAAUCUGUGAUGUGGUACUAUUUGUGAUGUUGGUUUGGUAAUGUACUCUGUUCUACUGUGUUUUA